AGGCAGCUCAGCUGUUCACGGCUCGAGAAGGCAGUCUGAUCUGAUCUUCCUACUAGGUCACUCUCCAAAGUCCAAACCUCCCAUCCAUCUUCAUCGCUUUCUAGUUUAGUCUAGGGUUAUAUAUUAUUAUUAUUAUAAUUACACAUACAUACACCAUCUCACGCUCACCGAUUGAAACUUACAGAUCGAUCCUUUGCCAUCAUCUAACAUGUCUCACCGGCGGAGAGACGAGGAGGACGACGACGAGGACGUUGAGCCAGAGGAAGACGAAGAGGAGGCCCUUGAUGAAGAGGAGGAUGAGGGAAAAAUCGGCCGCAAGCGGCGGAGAUCUGAGUUCAUAGACGAUGUGGCCGAGGAGGAUGAAGACGAAGAGGAGGAGGAGGACGACGACGAUGAUUUUUAUAACGGUGGUGGUGGCGGUGGUCGUCGCGGAGGUCACCGCCCCAAGAGGCGGUCCGCUUCUCAAUUCAUCGACGAGGAAGCGCAGGUGGAUAGCGACGGGGAAGAAGAGGAGGAGGAUGGCGAAGACGACUUCAUAGUAGAUGGUGGAGCUGAUCUACAAGAUGAAGAUGACGGCAGAAGGAUGCACCGCCGCACGUUGUUGCCAAGGGAGGAUGACCAAGUAGAUGUUGAAGCUCUUGAGAGAAGUAUUCAGGCAAGAUAUGCCAGAUCGAGUCACAUAGAAUAUGAUGAGGAGACAACAGAUGUAGAGCAACAAGCACUUUUGCCAUCUGUCAGGGAUCCAAAGUUGUGGAUGGUGAAAUGUGCGAUUGGUCGUGAGCGGGAGGCAGCUGUCUGCCUGAUGCAGAAGUAUAUCGAUAAGGGAUCUGAGUUGCAAAUUAGGUCAGCCAUAGCUCUUGAUCAUCUCAAGAACUACAUAUAUGUUGAGGCAGAUAAAGAAGCCCAUGUGAAGGAGGCAUGCAAGGGUCUGCGUGUAAUUUAUGCAAAUACUAAAAUAACACUUGUUCCAAUCAAAGAAAUGACUGAUGUUCUCUCCGUGGAAAGCAAAGCAAUUGAUCUUUCCAGGGAUACUUGGGUCAGAAUGAAGAUUGGAACGUAUAAAGGGGAUCUCGCCAAAGUUGUGGAUGUGGAUAAUGUGCGGCAGAGAGUUACUGUUAAAUUAAUCCCACGGAUUGACUUACAGGCCCUUGCAAAUAAAUUGGAAGGAAGGGAAGUCCCAAAAAAGAAGGCAUUUGUUCCACCUGCACGUUUUAUGAAUGUUGAUGAAGCCAGAGAAAUGCAUAUACGGGUGGAGCGUAGACGUGACCCAAUGACUGGUGAUUACUUUGAGAAUAUAAGUGGCAUGAUGUUCAAGGAUGGUUUCCUUUAUAAAACCGUCUCCAUGAAAUCAAUCAGCUCUCAGAACAUACAGCCAACUUUUGAUGAAUUAGAGAAAUUUCGGCAACCUGGUGAGAAUGGAGAUGGAGAUAUGGCUAGUUUGUCGACUUUGUUUGCAAACAGAAAGAAAGGCCACUUUAUGAAGGGUGAUCAAGUUAUUAUCGUGAAGGGAGAUCUCAGAAAUUUGAAGGGCUGGGUUGAGAAAGUUGAGGAAGACAAUGUCCACAUCAGACCAAAUGCGGAGGGCCUCCCUAAAACUCUUGCUGUGAACGAAAAGGAACUUUGCAAGUACUUUGAACCCGGGAAUCAUGUGAAGGUUGUCUCUGGUGCUUCAGAAGGCACAACUGGUAUGGUCAUAAAGGUCGAGGGGCAUGUAGUUAUCAUAUUGUCUGAUACGACUAAAGAACAUAUACGUGUAUUUGCGGAUAAUGUUGCAGAGAGCUCUGAGGUAACUUCUGGUGUUACUAGAAUUGGGGACUAUGAGCUUCACGAUCUUGUGAUGCUGGAUAAUAUGAGCUUUGGGGUAAUCAUACGUGUAGAAAGUGAAGCUUUUCAGGUUCUGAAGGGAGUCCCAGAGAGACCAGAAGUCGCACUUGUCAAACUAAGAGAGAUCAAAUGCAAGCUUGACAGGAGAACUCAUGCACAAGAUCAUUCCAAGAACCAAGUAUCAGUGAAAGAUGUUGUUAGGAUUGUUGAAGGUCCAUGCAAAGGAAACCAAGGUCCUGUUGAACAUAUUUUCAGAGGAAUUCUGUUUAUUUACGAUCGUCAUCACCUUGAGCAUGCGGGCUUCAUAUGUGCUAAAUCCCAGUCUUGCAUAGUAGUUGGUGGUUCACGUGGGAACGGCGAUAGAAAUGGUGAUACACUGGCUUCAAGAUUUUCUCAUCUCAGAACUCCAACUCGUCCACAAUCCCCAGGGAGAUUGCCUAGAGGCACUCCAUUGGACUCUGGAGCAAGGCAUAGAGGUGGUAGAGGACAUGAUCCUUUGGUCGGUACCACAGUAAAAGUUCGUCAGGGGCCUUUCAAGGGAUAUCGUGGACGCGUCGUUGAUGUUAAAGGUUUAUCCGUCAGGGUCGAGUUGGAGUCGCAGAUGAAAGUAGUUACAGUUGAUCGCCAUCAUAUUUCUGAUAACGUGGCUGUUUCGACUCCUUAUCGUAGCGUGCCUCGAUAUGGUACUGGUAGUGAGACCCCCAUGCAUCCUUCACGCACACCAUUACAUCCAUAUAUGACGCCAAUGAGAGAUCCUGGAGCAACACCUAUUCAUGAUGGCAUGAGGACACCUAUGCGUGACAGAGCAUGGAAUCCGUACACACCAAUGAGUCCACCCAGGGAUAACUGGGAAGAUGCAAACCCUGGUUCAUGGGGGACAAGUCCACAGUAUCAGCCUGGAAGUCCUCCUUCAAGGACAUAUGAGGCGCCUACUCCUGGUUCAGGUUGGGCCAAUACUCCCGGCGGCAAUUAUAGUGAGGCUGGAACACCAAGGGAUAACAGUCACGCCUAUGCAAAUGCCCCAAGCCCAUACCUGCCAUCUACUCCUGGUGGACAGCCGAUGACACCAAGUUCAGCUUCAUAUCUCCCUGGCACUCCUGGAGGGCAACCAAUGACGCCUGGAAGUUGUGGUUUGGACGUUAUGUCUCCUGCAGUAGGUGGGGACAAUGAAGGACUUUGGGCACUCCCAGACAUAUUGGUCAAUGUACGCAGGUCUGGUGAAGACACUGUCAUUGGAGUUGUUCGAGAAGUGCUCCCAGAUGGUUCGUGUAGGAUAAACCUUGGAUCGAGUGGCAAUGGCGAUACAGUGGUUGCUCUUUCUAGUGAAAUAGAUAUAGUGGUACCAAGGAAAUCAGACAAAGUUAAGAUAAUGGGCGGCGCACAACGGGGUUCUACUGGGAAGCUGAUAGGUAUUGAUGGUAGUGAUGGAAUUGUCAAGGAAGAUGCAACUUUUGAGGUUAAGAUAUUAGAAAUGAACAUUCUGGCCAAAGUAGCACAAUCUUGACAGACUAUGCUUCCCUGUAAACAUAGAUUAGGGGUUUUUCCUCUUUUGCAAAUCCUAAAAAUAUUCCUUACAAUUUCUAGUGUACGUCUUUUUUCUUAAACAUAGAUGGAGCAGGGAAAAAAUUGACAGUUCUGUUCGCUUUUUGUUUUUUCUCCUACUUUGUCCGACUUUUCUAUUUCUCCUAAUGAGAAUAAUCCGUUGCUUUUUUC